AUGUCCGCAAUAAUGGCGACUCGUCGGAUUCUCGUACCGCUCCUGCUGGUCUUGCUGCUGCCUGACGGUGACAGAGUGACCACUGCGGAAGGGAAGGAGGUGACCAUGCACGGUCGGCAGGAGGCUGACAGGUGCGUGUGCACGUUCGUGUCCCCGUACCUCCCGGCAGAUUUCCCCCAGCCGCCGCCACAGCAGUCGCGCCGGCAGGACUGCACAGACAGCGUCCUGGACUCGGAGUUCAUCAAACAGGAGCUGCACUUCAUGAGGCGGCAUCAGAUCGCCAACCGCAAGCAGCGCGUGGACGCCAUGUUUGAAGAGAUGCUGCAGAUGCGUGAGCUGAACCAGCGGCUGAUGUUUGAACUGCAGGACCAGAGCGACAGGAGCGAGGAGUACCGCACUAAGCUGGACACCCUCACCAAGCGGGUGGAGAACGUGGACCUCAACAUGAACGAGUUCAUGUUCGCGUUCGCCGGCAUGAAGAGGAUGGUCGCUCCCGGGGAAACCCUGCCGAACCUGGCCGAGGAGCCCAUAGAAGAACCGGCGGUGAAGAAAGAACCGCCCGCCCAGGGGUCCGGGGACAUCACGUUUGACGACGUGGACUAUGAUAUUGUUCCCAACCCCAGGCGUAGGAGAGAAACCAACAAAUCAUAAGAUGUAAGAUUAUAGAAUUUUAGAAAAGCAUAUUAUGUAUAAUGUUUGCCUUCACAUUGGGACGGUCUAGCUCUACAAACCCGAGCUCCUGCUCUGUUUUCUUUCUUACUCAAACACGUUAAUUGCAAA